GACAAUAUUUUGGUAUGAAUUUUGUAUAUGCGACUUGUACAAAAUUAGUACGAAUCAGCUUCACAUUUUAACGGUGAAUAUGCAUUAAUCCAUUGGUACAAAUUUACUACAUUAUUUGCAGAUUUUGGUUCGUCGGGUUAAUUCACCGAGGGAUAUAAAUCGCAGUUACUAAUUCGGCAGUAACCGAUAAAAGCUUAAGAUUGAUAUAUAUAUUUGCAUAUGCUGCAGAUUUUUUUUUACAUAAACCUGUAGAAAAUCCCCAUUCGUUUUACUUUGUAGAACCGUUUGCAAAAAAUUUUGCAAGUUUUAUGCUCAAAUCGUUCGUAUAAAGUUUGUUUGGUGAUAAUUAGUCCAAAUUUCUCCAGAAAAUUAAGCCAAGCUUCAGCAGUGAGCCUGGCCAAAUUUCUGUAGGAAAGCGGUUGAAGUUCUUGCUUGGAUAAUUUUUAAGAUUGAAUAUGCAUAAUUACGUACAUAUGUAUGGAAGCUGAUGUAGUUUAAUUAUGAACAGACCGUAACUGUCGAACCAUUAGUAAAGAUUGGUCAAUUGACGCGAAUCCUGAUUUCGAAGGGAUGGACGAUCCCUGUCGUGCCGGAGUUGGACUUCUUGACGGUGGGAGGACUAAUUUGUGGGGCUGGGGUGGAAACCUCCUCCCACAAGUAUGGCCUAUUUCACAACACGUGCGUUUCUUACGAGAUGGUUUUGUCUACUGGAAAAGUUGUCAAUUGCAGCGAGGAUGAAAAUUCAGACCUAUUUUAUUCACUUCCUGGGUCAUAUGGGACUACCGGAUUCCUAACUGCGGCCAAGUUUAGAUUAAUGAAAGCAGAAAAAUACGUGAAGCUAUCCUACAUUCCGGUCAACUCGUUGGACGAGGCGACUGAACGGAUUACAAAAGAAUCUCUGAAGACACCCGGCCACGAUUUUAUUGAAGGGAUCAUGUAUUCUUUGGAUAAGGGGGUUAUCAUGGUGGGGAGCUUAACUUCAAAAGCCGAACCAGGAAAGGUAAACUCGGUUGCUCGCUGGUACAAAAAAUCCUUCUAUAAACACGUCGAAAGCUUCUUGUCAUGUUCUCAAUCUGCCCCCAAAGUGGAAUAUAUCCCCCUCCGACAUUACUAUCAUCGCCACACGUACUGCAUCUUUUGGGUUACCCGGUUCUGCAUCCCGUACAUGGAAGUAGCCCCACUGCGCUGGAUGCUCGGUUGGGUCGCCCCCUGUGAAAUGAACUGGUAUAAACUUAUACCUCUCUUUUUAAGGCGACUUUUCGAGGAAAAUCUCCUCAUACAGGAUCACGUCGUGCCGAUCGAGAAGAUGAAAAUGGCCAUGAAGUACCUUCACGAUAAGGUUGAGUUGGAAAGGUCUGUCUGCAAAUACAUUUCUAAGCCGGGACGAAUUUUAUCAAAUGUUUGAUCCCACUUUGUACCAUAAAGUGAGAACGGAGCUCAAAUGUGAGAAUGCGUUUCCGGAAGUUUAUGAAAAAGUUGUGGGGAGGAAAUGAAGAAAUAUCAUGAUGUUGUCAGUCCACGUGGAAAUUUGUAUAAUUGCAUAUUCGUCUAAAGUUUUUGGAUGCACGCAGAUUAAUGAAUUUAUUAAAAUACUGUAAUAUUGAUUUAAAAACUAAAGAAUUUGAAAAUUUCGAAAUACGAGAAUUCUGAUAUCUAAGACUUGUUGGUCAUAAAUACAUGUGAAUGCAUUUGGAACAUUCAAGACAAGGAUGUUCAAGUAUUUAUCUGUAUAAAAUGAAGGUUUGACAUUUUCCAUAAUUUGCUGUAUGAAGUAAAGAAAAUUUCCAAAUUUA